AUGUAUGAACCGGCCACUCUCACUCUGCAUCGCUUGAGUCGUCACAGUCUCCAAGAUCGAUAUGAAUCAGACGAAGAGACUGUAUCAGAAUCCGAUGCCGGAGCUCAAGACCUACUCUCCUCGCCCGUCGAGUCCCAGCGUGAAACCUUCGACUCGGACAUCAGCACGGACGACGCCUCACACAUGGGCCAUGACUCGGAUCGGGACGAGCGUCUCUUGUCGCCGCCGGCUGCCAAACGGGCCAGGCCCAUCUCUACCGACACCAUCAAGAGAAAUGGUAACACCGUCUUUGGCGAAGACGCCUACGUACUGAGUCCUGAAGAAGAUAUGGUCCUGGAACUACCUUCACCAGACUCCCCGAUCCAACUGGCAUCCAGUCUUUUCCUGCAGCCAUCCAUCUAUGCCGCCCCCAAGCCACGACCCGUCAAGACUAGAUCACGAUCCCCUUCACCAUCCUCCGUCUUCUCAGUCGAAGAGGCAGACAUUCAAGUGGCCCAGAAAGUCACCUUCAUGGAGCCCCGAACCCGUCCCACAGUCGUUUUGAUCAACGCCCUGGGCUCACGGUCCAAGAGCUCCAAGUCUCGCCCGAGCCCUCGCUCCCGGGACAGCAGUCGACCCCGUCCUGCCAUGAGAUCAGACAGUCGCCAAUCCCUCCGACCAGACUCAAUGCUCAAAGCCCGAGUCCCUCUCCAGGAAAUCACCAACCCCCCAUCCAACGAGGACCUCUCCCCAACAGCAACCAUCAGCCGCGUCACCGACAUCCCUCCAGUCCCUUACCUCCCAACGCCUCGCACCAUCCCAGCCGGACCACGCCCUCACCGGCCCCGGACCUCCAGCUCAGAAAUCGCCAUGCCUCCUCCCCUCAACGUGCGCACUCGCCGUCUAACAGAAACCCGCCCACCACCAUCAAUGCGCACCCCCAGCUCGGCCAGCAUCUCCCGCCCAACAACCCCAUUCUCCCCCGAGGAAUCCCUCUCCACGAUUUACGAUCACGAAAGUCUCCCCAGUCUCACUCGCACUUGCAGCCCUGUCUCCAUCGCUUCUUCACCAGCCAAACGCUCAACAAGCACCUACAGCGUCUCGAACAUCCUCUCCAACCGCUCACCACUCAUGCCCCGCCGCAUGACAAGGCAGCAUUCCUCCUCCAGCGUCGUCUCACUAAGCAGUCUGCGUUCGGAGUUCGAUCCCCGUGGUCCUGCGUCCUCGCAGAUCUCUGUCGUUUCCCAGCCUCCGCGUGCGGAUUCGACCCCGGUGCGCAAGUCGAGUCAGCGUCGCCAUCUGCGCCAUAAUAGCUUUGCGCCGAGUGGUCGUGGGUUCUUGGGGUUGAAGCUUGGCAGGAAAAACAAGUCUUGA